CAAGAACAAAAGCAACAGAAUAUCCGUAUUGAUGAGCAAUCCGUUGUAAUAGUGAGAGACGCAACGGAGUUUCAGCUGCAAGAGCAAGAGUAGAUCUGCAUAUAAUUUUUAGAAUUGCACACCACGACGGAACAACAAGAUCGCAGAUCCGAUCCACUCAGGCUCCUUCGCUGAGGCAGCGCAAAUACCAUGAACGAUCCCAUGGCCGCGUCAUCCUCGCAAAGUAUGGAAAACGUGGACGUCACCGUCCUUAUCCAGUGCAAAAGUAUCGUACGCGUACUAAUUGCAGCCAUGCAUGACAGAUCUAUUUUCUAAGGGAAAACAGCAUUACAAAUUGCAUUUUUGUUCUUGAGAAAAUUUGUCAUGCAAAUUAUACUAGUGCGAUACUUUUGCAAUGCAUAGUCCUCGCGUUCGCGCAAUGGCUUUCGGAGAUGAGAAACAGGACAAACGGGAAUCUCCAGCAGAUACUAGCCGAGAUGGGAAUCGUUAGGAAUGGUAUGAUUUUUUUUUACAGAAGAACGUUAGAACGUAGUUGCUGGUGAUGGACACAUCUUUAUGGCUUGUGUUGUCAUGUUGCACAGGCGCGAAAAAUGCAUCUGAAACUGAAUACGAAUCUGAAAAUGAACUCCAAAAUCUUCCUCCCUAAAUCUUCAGGUAUUUCCUCCAACAACCAAGAGCUUUCGGACUUCAAGCGCAACGCCACGACUGUGCAACAACAGCAGCAGCAACAGCUCGUCGACCUCCGCGAGCGAUUGCAGGACACGAUAAACGAGCUCCAGGCCCUGAAGAAGUAUGCAUUGCAAAAGUCUCGUAGUCGCACAAGUGCACCAUCACAAAUUUUCUCAGCAUGAGAAAUAAAAUUUGUAAUGUUGAUUUACCUUAACAAAAAGAUUUGUAAUGCAUGACUGCAAUACGAGUGCGAUACUUUUGCACAGGAUAAGAAGUCCAAAGCGCAGUCGGACCAGGAAAUCGCGGCGGACUACCAGUUAUCCCGUGCAAAAGUAUCGUACUCGUACUAAUCGCAUUCAUGCAUUACAAAUUUAUUUCUCAGGUGAAAUCCGCAUUACAAAUUUUCUUUGUCAUGCUGAGGAAAUUUGUCAUGCGAUUUAUACUAGUACGAUACUUUUGCAGUUCAUAUCAGUCCCUGGUCGAGCAGUUGCAGUAUAGACAGGUCGAGAUAGAGGGGCUGAAAAAGCAGUACAGUUCAACACUACAGCAGCAGCAGGCGCAGAUACUGCAGCUACAGACGGAGCUGAAUGAGGUACUGGAAACUCUUUUGUUUCGGAAUGGUGCUGUUGUAUAUGCUGAAAUUGAGUGCAAGAAGUGAUAGUGAAGAACAAGAAGAAGCAGGUGGUCUAGAUUUUCUGAGAGAUGACAAGUCAUGCUAGAAUACAAAAUCCAACUUUGAAUUGUCAGUCUUGCUAGAAGAAGACAAAAUCUAAAUCACCUCUGUGGAACCUCGUUUGCUCGCUUGGUUUUUCCUGUACCAAAGUGAGUCAGAAAGGUCUUCCCAAACUAAAAUUUUCUGCGUCCUCUACACCGUUUCGCGAUAUGUUCUUUCGAGCGCGCAAGCGGCUGUGCAAGCGCUAGAUACAAUUAUUAUCCUUUUCUCACCACGUGUAAAAAGAUGCAAAAAUGCACUCUGGGGGGGCAGGGGGAAAAUGAAGUAGAAGUCAAAUAGGCCUCGCAGAACUUCUAAAAUACGGAACCUCGUUUGCUCGCUUGGUCUUCCCUUCUACCAAAGUGAGUCAGAAAGGUCUUCCAAAACUAAAUUUUCUGCGUCCUCUACACCGUUUCGCGAUAUGCUCCUUCGAGCGCGCAAGCGGCUGUGCAAGCGCUAGAUACAAUUGUUGUCUCACGUGAAAGAAAAUGCAAAAAUGCACGCUGGGGGGUAGGGGGAAAAUGAAGUACUAGAAGUGAAAUAGGCCGCCGCCACGCAGAACUAAAAACACGGAACCUCGUUUGCUCGCUUGGUUUUCUUGUACCAAAGUGAGUCAGAAAGGUCUUCCAAAACUAAAUUUUCUGCGUCCUCUACUUACACCGUUUGGGAAGGUGCUCUACUUCAGAGCGCCCAAGCGGCUGUGCAAGCGCUAGAUACAAUUUCAAAGGAAUUUGUAAAUCACAUCGAGCGAAGUCUGAGAAGAGGGGAAUAGAGGCAUUGACCUAAAAGUGUGGAUCUUCAUGUGUAAGUAUUUCAGAGAGUGACGAGGAGGAGGACACAGCGAGUCUGUAUUAAAGUCUGUCAUCAAUGUCAAACACAAACAAUUCCACCACAAAUAACCCCAGGUCCGCGUGCAACGGGAGGAAACGCACCGGCUAGCCGUAUCAAAUGUGAAAAUGUCUGGGUCUGGAAGAAUCCGAACUUGUGAUGCUGCAUUUGGAUUGCAAAAAAAAUCUGUAAUGCAUGACCAGCAACGGGAAUGCAAUUUUGGCUACGCGGAGAGGGCAUUUGUCAUGCGGAGUAGGUAGCACGAAGCCCUCAAAAAGUCUGUGAUGCUAGGGCAUGCAUCACAGACAUCAUGGCCCAUGCAAAACGUGCAUGACAAGUCUCAGAAUCUUCCAGACCCAGACAUUUUUACAUUUGAUAAGCCGCGGACAGUAGUCAAAGUCUAAUGAAGAACUACGCGGAGCUGGAGCUCAAUUCACAGUACAAACACGGCGAUCACUUAUUUUAAAUUGUGCUUGUUGUGCUGCAUGACAAAGUCGCCUUCGCAUGCAGCAUCUUGCAUGAGAAACAACAACCCAAUAACAAAGCAAACCCCUCCAGGAACACCGCCACGGAGUUGAAGCGCACGCGAGUGGAUCACGACCAGGCAAUCGCAAAUCUCGCGGACAACAUGAACAGAUGGAAUGACACAAUUAUGCAUUGCAAAACUAUCUCAUCGCAUUCCUGCAUUACAAAUCUCUUGCGCAAGUUCAAUCUACAUAACAAGUUUCAUUUCUCAUGCUGGGAAAAUUUGUCAUGCAAUUUGUACAAGUGCGAUGCUUUUGCUUUUGCAAUGCAUACCCCUACGGGACCUAUCCCGCGAGUUCCACGAGUUUCAGAAGCUGAUGACGAGCCAACAGACAAAUCUCCAGAGAACGGUCGAGGAGAACAUGCUAACCUACGGCUCCUCAAGACUCCCCACGACCGGUGCUAGCGCCGCAACACCACAAUACGCAUCCUCGAGUCAGCAGCCAACACCGCAGCAGCAGGCCAGCGUGAUGGGCGGCGGUGGUGGGAUGCAGCAGGUUUGAGGAUGUAGGACAGAUGAAGAAAUUCGGUCGUGCUAUUGUAGAAUCGGAAGUUCUUCUUCUUUCACAUUGCAGUUCCUGCGUGCAUGAUGAAAAUAUACAAAUCGGAUAAAGCACUACAAACUCACAUUUGACCUUGUCCACAGGUUCCCCCAACCCAGCUACACCACCCGCAGGGCUUUCAGCUCCCGUCAAACGCGCAAGGGCAGCAGAGGCCAAGGUCGUUUGCCUACCUAUGCGGUUCUCAACUGUUACAUUCUCAGCUGUUGCAUGAAUUUGUCAUGCAAAAACACUAUCUCUCUGCACACGAUCAAGCCUUCUCAGCAUGACAACUUCUCGACGCGCUAAAUAGCACUACAAUCCGUCCCAAAUCUGUAAUGCAGAAGGCGCAAUCUUCCUCCUUGUCCUUUCACUUUUGCCAUAAUUCGUGUAACAGUUGAGAAUGUAACAUUUGAGAACACCAUACUACCCCAUCGGCGGUCCGGCGAUGAUGCAGUUGCGGGCGCAGUAGGAUGCGGUGGUGUGUGAAGUAGAGAACUGAGCUGAAAUUAAUGAGGAGUGGAUAGAUUGUCGUGGCGAAAUGAAAGAAAAAGAAAAGCGUCAAAGUACAUCUACAUACUAAAGCAAAGUAACGAUAAUCCAUUUGUACGAGAAAGUAACAGGAAACUUCAAAUACCCUAAGACAAUUUCAAUUCCUUUCAAACGAGGAAAGGAUGGACCUCCACACCCUGUAAGAGAGAGAUUCCUAUUCAACAGUGUUGAAAUGAUGUUGAGAAUACAGACGGUUUACAACCAAAACUAGAAAAGAGAAUUUUGCGAACGAGAAAAUGAAUGUGAAAAUGCCGUGCGUGUACUAUGUGUGAAUGAAAGUUUGUUUCCCCUAGUACAGCUAUCUAGCAGCAGCAGAACUCCAUGAUGAUUAGAAGCGCAAGCAUCCUUGUAAAAAACAGCAUUAUCCUGCGUACAAGACGACAGAUAUCUUGACGGCUAUUUUUGGUGGCGCGACUGCCGCAAUCCAAAGCUGUAGGGCGU